UAGGCUGUUUCGAUAUUCAGGGUUGUGUUGCGAGCAUUUUUGCAUGUUGAAAACGCCGAAAAUUUGUUUUUGGUUUUGUUUAUAAAAAUAGCUCCGAAAUGGCGGCAGGUCCAAUUGCUGAACGCAACCAAGAUGCCACCAUCUAUGCCGGCGGUCUGGACGACAAGGUGUCGGAAACGCUGCUCUGGGAGCUGUUUGUCCAGGCAGGACCAGUGGUGAACGUACACAUGCCCAAGGAUCGGGUCACCCAAAUGCACCAGGGCUAUGGAUUCGUCGAGUUCCUCAGCGAGGAGGACGCCGACUAUGGAAUAAAGAUCAUGAACAUGAUCAAGCUUUACGGCAAGCCAAUUCGCGUGAACAAGGCGUCGGCGCAUCAGAAGAACCUGGAUGUCGGCGCCAACAUCUUUAUUGGCAACCUGGACGUGGAGGUGGACGAGAAGCUGCUGUACGAUACGUUCUCCGCCUUCGGCGUUAUACUGCAGACGCCGAAGAUCAUGCGAGACCCGGAGACUGGCAAGUCUAAGAGCUUCGCGUUCAUCAACUUUGCCAGCUUCGAGGCCAGCGAUGCGGCCAUGGACGCCAUGAACGGCCAGUACCUGUGCAACCGUCCCAUUUCCGUGUCCUAUGCCUUCAAGAAGGAUCACAAGGGCGAGCGCCACGGCUCGGCUGCGGAGCGCCUGUUGGCCGCCCAGAAUCCAUCGACCCAUGCGGACCGGCCGCAUCAAUUGUUCGCCGAUGCACCGGUGCAGAACAUGAUGCCACAGAUGCAGGGCCAGAUGGCGGGCCAAAUGCCUGGCCAGAUCCCGGCCCAGAUGCCGGGCCAGAUGAUGCCGCCACCAAUGAUGGCGCCGCCGCCGCCGGUGGUGCCCGUUUCGAAUAACAACAUGGGCAUGCUAGCACCGCCGCCGCCCGUUCCCCAGCCUACUCCGUUCCCAGCUACGAUACCGCCGCCUCCGCUGCCACCGAUGACCGGCGGACAGCCGCCACUGCCGCCAGCAAUGGGCAUUCCGCCGCCGCCUCGCAUGAUGCAGGCAAAUGCGUGGGCACCGCCCGGCAUGCCAGCUCCUCCGCCCAGACCACCGCCCACCAACUGGCGUCCGCCGCCCGUGCCCUUCCCUCCCACGCCCUACGCACGGCCCUAUCAACCCGACGGCUACCAGUACUAAGUCUAGCGUGUAGUGUAUACCAAUUUGGACGAGACGAGAAAUAAACAUCAAUAGGAUUUAUCAAUGAAGCCUGCUCUGGGAUAUGUUAA